CGGCCCCUUUGUCUGAGGGCGCUGCGGGUGGCCGGCGGUCGCGCAAGGGUGCGGGGACGCCCCACAGGAACCUCCAAUUUCUGUCAUCCUCAGAGGCCCAAGAAACAAAGUGAUGGCAACUGCCAGACUCCUGCCACUGCCAGCAGAACAUCAGGCUAAGGUGACCUUCGAGGAUGUAGCUGUGCUCCUCUCUCAGGAGGAAUGGGAUCGUCUGGGCCCUGCGCAGCGGGGCCUCUACCGAAACGUAAUGAUGGAGACCUACGGAAACGUGGUCUCACUGGGACUUCCAGGAUCCAAGCCCAAUGUCAUCUCCCAGCUGGAACGAGGGGAAGACCCGUGGGUCCUGGACGGACAGGGGGCUGAGAGCCAGGGCUUGGGGAAUGGCCACUCAGACAACCUCAAAUGUGAUCACACUGCAGUCUGUGUGCAGGACAGCUUAUCUUGUCCGUGGGAAUGCAAAACCAAGGAAGAGAACCAAAAUACAGAUUGGCCCUUAAAGCCGAUAAUUUCAGAUGAGGUAACAGUGCAUCUGGGGAAAGCAUCUUCAGGGAGCAUCGUUCAAGAACAUUAUAACCCAGAGCAGAGCUUCUGCCUGCAUCCAAGCCCUGUCGUCCCUGGCGAGGCUCGGGUCUCGAAUAGGAGCAGGCCACUGACUCCACACCCAGAAGCUCCCAGUGGAGAGAGGCCCUACAUGUGCAUCGAGUGUGGGAAGUGCUUUGGGCGGAGCUCCCAUCUUCUUCAACACCAGCGAAUCCACACGGGUGAGAAGCCAUAUGUGUGCAGUGUGUGCGGGAAGGCCUUCAGCCAAAGCUCAGUCCUCAGUAAACACAGGAGAAUCCACACUGGCGAAAAACCCUAUGAGUGUAACGAGUGUGGAAAAGCCUUCCGAGUGAGCUCGGACCUUGCUCAGCACCACAAGAUUCACACAGGAGAGAAACCUCACGAGUGUGCCGAGUGUCGGAAGGCCUUCACCCAGCUCUCGCACCUCAUCCAGCACCAGCGGAUCCACACAGGGGAGAGGCCCUAUGUGUGCCCACUAUGUGGGAAGGCCUUCAACCACAGCACUGUGCUGCGGAGCCACCAGAGGGUACACACUGGGGAGAAGCCUCACCAGUGCAGCGAGUGCGGGAAGACCUUCAGCGUAAAGAGGACGCUGCUGCAGCACCAGCGGGUGCACACAGGGGAGAAGCCCUACACGUGCAGUGAGUGCGGGAAGGCCUUCAGUGACCGCUCAGUCCUCAUCCAGCACCACAAUGUGCACACAGGAGAGAAGCCCUACGAGUGUGGCGAGUGUGGCAAGGCCUUCAGCCACCGCUCCACCCUCAUGAACCAUGAGCGGAUCCACUCAGAGGAAAAGCCCUAUGCUUGCUACGAGUGUGGCAAGGCCUUCGUGCAGCACUCCCACCUGAUCCAGCACCAGAGGGUCCACACCGGGGAGAAGCCCUAUGUGUGUGGAGAGUGUGGGCAUGCCUUUAGCGCACGUCGCUCUCUGAUCCAGCAUGAGAGGAUCCACACGGGAGAGAAGCCCUUCCAGUGCACAGAGUGCAGCAAGGCCUUCAGCCUUAAGGCCACCCUGAUCGUGCACCUGCGGACCCACACUGGCGAGAAGCCCUAUGAGUGCAGCAGCUGCGGCAAGGCCUUCAGCCAGUACUCGGUGCUCAUCCAGCACCAGCGGAUCCAUACAGGGGAGAAGCCCUAUGAGUGUGGGGAGUGCGGACGUGCCUUCAACCAACACGGCCACCUGAUCCAGCACCAGAAGGUGCACGGGAAGCUGUGAGCCUGGGGCCUGGUGGCUGCAGGAGGCAGCCUCACUACCCUCCCUCGGGGUUCAGUGCCACAAAAUAAUUGCAGGGAGAGGCACUGGGCAUGUUCUUCCUGUGGAAAAGCUGCAGAGCAUAUGUUCUGUUUUCCUCAACAUCCUGAAGCUGUAUUGAAGAGUGACCUGCCAUCAUAAUGAAGUCUGGGUGCAGAUAGCCAUGAUUCCUUGUUUCUUCAACAUUAGAUAAUUCAUUUGAAAGGAGUAACUAAAGGAAGUUAAAGUGAAAGGACUUGUCCCAAAAUACUCCCUUAUGUUCCCAGUGAGGUUCUUUCUCUUCUGAGAAUGCAUGCCUUUCCUAAACAGUUAGCCAGUCAGCUGUGAAACUUAGAACACUGGACUGUUUUCGUAUUCUCUUGAAACACAGAAGUGCUGUGUGGAUAAAUUGAUAUACAACAUCAAGGAUCACAUGACAUCGCUGAAAAUUGUAACUGUGCAAACACCUGUUUGUAUGAAAAGAAAAAGAAGUCUAAAGAUGUGUUCAUUAGAAAUUAUGUAAAUUUAAAAAAAAAAAAAACUCUUUUAUCUGGUGCUUUAACUUAUCCAAGACCAGAAGGAAUGUCCUGCCACUUGAGUAAAAAUGCAACUAAAACAUGGUUGUUUUCCUUAAGACCUAUAGACUCUGCAUGCCAGAGAUUCUGGAUCUCUGGGGCCAGUUAGGUCCCAAGCAAGAAAAUAUUGCUAAAAAGAUGAUUCCUUGUUGCGCGUUGUUUUGUUUUGUUGGUACCAGGAUUGAACCCAGGGGCACUGGACCCCUGAGCUGCAUCCGCAUCCCAUUUUAU